AUGGCGGUGGUGGUCAACAGCUCCGGAACGGAGCUCGCACGCGCGAGACCGCACUGCGACUACUCGAUGGAGACCCAGAACCGUACGACAUCGCGCCUUCCGAGGCACUCGAGUGUAGCGAUGGUAUUCAACCAAGCGCGUUAA